UCUUUAAUCCGAACUGGUUGUCAGGUGAUACGGUAAAUGGUGGAAACAAAGGAAGAUCAGUAGAUGAUUCUUUUAUAAAACUGGGGACUAGUCAUCAAAAGUUGAAUUCAGUUGAGGCUUAGAGAGUUUCAGAGGAGUUAAUAGGGAAAGAAUUUCAUGGACGCACAUGGAAGGGGCUACUCGGACUUUGAUAGGAACACAAGCGAAGAGUUAUUCUUGAAAUCCUUGAUGGAGAAUUCGGUUGGAAUGCCAGUGCCAACCAUGGAAAUGUUGGGUUUUAAGAAUCUUCCUCAUAAUGUUCGUACAGAUAGUGAGGAACUCUUCAAAAGCUGGCUUACAAAUGGAGAGAAUCAUGGCUAUAAUUCAACGGGCAUAGCUCAUCGUACUCGACAAGCAUCAAGAAGGAUAUCCACUGAGCUAUCCAGCUUAUCUAAUCAGCAACAUGGGGGUAUGCUUCAGAAGAAAAGAAGCAAUGAUAUUUUAUUCCCACAAAAUACUUCUGGGGCUGAUGAACCCUCGAGUGACCUCAACCAACAUUCAAUGAGGAAUGCAGUCGAAAGGGGGUGGCAAGCUAGUAACUUACAUUUGGCCAAGGCAUGGUUUCACAGUUCUCAACCCAUGACAAGAAGCCGAUCAUCUGAAUUACGGAGGAGGUAUGUUGCCAUGCAAAACUCUCAAACAUCAUUGGGUAUGGAAACUAUGCAUAAUGUAUCUGGGAAUGGUGUCAAUCUGGAACAAGAAUUCGAAAAUACGAAUGGAUUUAAUGACAUUUCAAUGUGUGACAUUCCCAAUCAGUUUAGCACAUUCAUGUCUCCAUCCAAUUCAUCGUCAUCUACUUUCAACAACCCUCAAGUGGAUGGUGUAGAUAAAGUUUCUUCUGUUGUGAGUAUGUUGAAGGGUACACUAGAGCGCAAGAAGCUUAGUAACCAGAUUGAGAAAGGAGGUGUUGAAGAAGAUUGCUCUUUAGGGUUUUAUGGUGCUCAACAAGUUCUAGGUAACAUGAGUUUGGAUCAACGACAAGUAAAUCAUAUUCAUGAGGUGCCAAGAACUUAUCAAGAUGUAUCCCCUAUAGAAGUGAAAGAUCCUGGGGUUUUACAAACAGUUGAAGGAUCCUUUUAUAUGGACUUAGAAGGUUUUGUGAAUCCUUCAAACCUGAUCCAAAUUAGCACAGCAUCUAGAGAACCUUCGCAAAGUGAAUCUUCUGCUGCUGCACCUGUGGUCUCAACUGGUUUUGAUGCAUGCGAUGGUCCCAGCAACUCAGGCCAAACUCUGAGCGUUUGUGAGAGCUCCAGAAAACAUGCUGGAAACGGAAGGAGUUCAGAAAAUGACUCUAGAGCCAAAGAUAUCAGAGAACGAAUAUAUGACAACUUAAAAGAUGAUCGAAAGCAAAAAGGAAGUCUUGUUCGAUAUGGAUCUGUGACGUCAGCUGGCUCAGUGGACAAAGCGGAUCCCACGAAGAAGCGUAGAGUGGAGAGGUCGCGGAAAAUGGCAGAGGCAAAGGAAAGAAAUCUGACACCAGCAAUUCCAUCAGAUAUGCAAUCUGUUAUGAAGCGAUGCGACAAUCUUGAGAAGGAAGUGCGAUCACUCAAACUUAACUUGUCUUUCAUGAAUAGAAAGGAUUCUGAACAGACUAAGCAGAUAGAAGGGCUUCAAAAGCAGAAUGAUGAAUUGACGGAAGAAAAGGAGCGCCUUCUUGAAGAGAUUGAGCGGAUUAUCUCCGAAACAGGAAAGAUGUGAGACCUAAUUCUGUUACCAUUUUCUCACUUCUUUUUGCCUGGGACACAAAACAACCAUUUGUAUUUAACCAUUUUAAGAAGCCAAGCUGGGGCAACAGUGCAAGGAGUGUCGAAACGUCCAUUUCAGCUUUCAAAAGUACCUCAAUCUCAAGCAAAAUUGAUUAAAACAGUGUCAUAUCAUAGGUGGAGGUUGCUUUUCAUUGUCGGUAUGAAGUACUAUAGUCGCUGUAUAUGGCAUAGCCUAACAAUGAUAAUAGCUUCCAUUUUGUAAACUUGGAGAGGUUGUAUCAGACAGACUAAGCUUCAGUUUCAAAAACUAAGUAAACUAGUUGCAAGGUGAGGUGAUUAUGAUGAUCUCUGUAAGGCUUUGUUUGGUUCCCUGGUUUUCGUGAGGGAAAAGAAAAGACAAUGCAAAGGAAAUUAUUUUAUCUUA